UGUUAUGAAAGAUUCUAACUUUUUAGUGUACUAGCUGCGGUUGUGUUUGGGUUUCCCCUGUCUUCGCAUUAUCUCUCUCUCCCCACCUCCUUCUCUUUGUGGAAUGAACAGUAUACAGAAACCCUUAUUUGAUAGAUUGUGAUGAACAGUUAUCGAUAAAUUGGUCAGGGAAGGAGGUGGGAUAGGGCUGUUCUGCUUGCGGUAGACAUUUUAGGCCCAAAAGAUCUCGCCUGAAGAUGAAACCACUGCCAUCAACUUCCUCCAAGACGCCUGUCAAAUUUAGAAUGCCGACGUCUGAGAACUUGGUACCCAUUCGUUUGGAUAUUGAAGUUGACGGGCAGCGCUUCAAGGAUGCAUUCACCUGGAAUCUAUCUGAUCCAGAUUCCGAAAUAAGUGUUUUCGCUAAGCGAACACAGAAAGACUUGAAGCUUCCUCUUGCUUUUGCUACGCAGAUUGCCCAGUCUAUUCAGACGCAACUGACAGAGUUUCGAUCAUAUCAAGGCCAAGAAAUGCUCACUGGGGAGAAAAUUGUCCCAAUCAAGCUGGAUCUUCGAGUGAAUCACACACUUAUCAAGGAUCAAUUUUUGUGGGACUUUAACAACUUUGAUAGUGACCCUGAAGAAUUCGCUAAGACCUUUUGCAAUGAUUUGGGCAUUGAAGACCCUGAAGUGGGGCCUGCGGUCGCCUUUGCAAUCAGAGAACAACUUUAUGAGAUUGCUAUUCAAAGUGUAGCAACAGCAAGGGAAAGUCGAAAUGCCAAAAAGGGUCGUCGUGGCGAAUAUUCUUCCAUUUCAAGUAGGUCAACUGGUGCUGCACUGGACUUGAUGAAGUUAUUCAGCAACAGAUAUAGUGUUGUCCGGAAGAGGAAGGAAUGGGAUGUGUACGAGCCAAUGGUGGAUAUCCUAUCAAAUGAGGAAGUAAAUGCCCUUGAAUCAAUGGAAGAGAGGAAACCCCGUUGA